AUGACUUUGUCAAACACUCCCGAGUCCACCGAUCAGGCUGGUUCCAAGGCCAGGAAGCUCCACGUUGCAUGUCUCAGGUGCCGUGAGCGCAAAGUCCGAUGUUCUGGAUUGCACCCAUGCGCAAAUUGCCAACGCCGCUCCACAGAGUGCGUUUUUGAGCCCGAGGAUCGCAAGGUCAUUGUGUCGGAGAACUACUUAAAUGAACUGAAGCGGAAAGCCGGCGAGGAGAAUGAUCCUGCGCAAUGCGCCAAGAGACACCAACCCACCCCCAAGCCAUCGAAAGAUUCGAGCCCGGUGAAUACCGCACGCAACGAUGCUCAUAGCCAUGAUGAAGUGGGAGUAGAUCCCCACAUCGAUAGCUUCUCGGCUUUGUCGAAUCCUCUCGUUACCACUCCACCUCAGUUUGUCACUGACAUUCGCGGCCGGAAACGCUUCCUCGGCCCAUCAUCCACGUGGGCCUAUAGCAGACAUAUCAUGAGCAUGAUCAGACACAAUCUCGACCAAAAAGGAUCCAACGAGGUGCCUCUGAAUGUGGACGGCGCUGCAUAUGCCCUCGAGUUCCCCAAUAUGAGAAAUCUUGGCUCUAUCUCGAUGGAAGAUUUGCCUUCGCUUGAUUACGCUCUCUAUCUCACUAAUACGGUCAAGUUCCACGCGGGGCAGACCUACCACCUAUUUCAUGAGCAGACAUUCAUGCAAGGGCUGUUCUCAUUAUACAGUCAUGGACCAGACUCAUUGAACCUCGAAAAUCGGGUCUGGUUCGUGCAUUUCUUUGUGAUUAUGGCCCUGGGAAAAGCACUCCUGGCCCGUGACCUAUUGCCAGACGUGAACGGCCUUUAUCGAGACCCAAUCACAGCGGUAGAGCUUGGCCUUGGUCUACGCAUAGCCCUAACUCAAGGCUAUCACAGGGACUUCGGCGGUAGUCCUGGUUGCUACAAAGACGCGUCACGAUAUCGUGGUGUUUGGUGGACUCUAUACAUCCUGGACCGCAAGUUUUCCACCCUCAUAGGAGCCCCAAGCUCUAUCCACGACAGCGAUAUAUCUGUCCCAUUUCCCAAGCCUCAUCAGUCUGCCCAAAAGACUUGCGCUCUCGACAUGCAUGUGAGGCUAUCACGGCUCCUUGCCAAGGUUCUCAAUACUGUAUACUGCGUUGAUGAACACCUUAAUUCCUCUUUUCUAAGGAACAUCCAAGCAACAGUUCGAGAGCUUGCCGACCUGGCCACGGAGAUGAACGCCACUCCAGAACUAAAGCUUAGCAAAACUGACCCUAUCUCCAGAGUCUCCGCAACGUGUAUUGUCCUCGCCAUUCGGCCACUCCUAGUGUGUCUCUUACGUGACAAACUCGACAGAAGAACAAGACAAGAUCGUCAGGAUACUGCCAUCAUCGAACCUGUGAAAGCAUUAUUGAGGACUGCCUACGAGUCAGCUCAAAAGUCUCUACGGGUGCUAACUAGGCUACAAGCUCAAGACCUUCUCGAAUACUUUCUCCCAUUUGACUUAGACCAUGUAUUUUCUGCUGGUUUCGUGCUCUCUCUCAUCGUCGCGGUCCAUCCAGCUUCUGCUGAUGGCUAUGAGAGAUAUCUAGAGACACCAUACGCCCUUCUCGACACUCUCAUUGCGGGCGGGAAUGUGCCUGCCUGCUUCAAACGACAGGAACUGAACUGUCUCCGGGACAUGCUGCGCUGUUUGAUGGAGCCGCAUAGCUGUCCAAAUCCUCAGGACGUGAAUGAGACUGGGUUUCUCUCAGGAACGACCGGUGACCUGUCACAGCACGGAGUUUCGCCGAAUGAGAUGAUGGCGUUGGCAAGCCUUCUUGAAGGUGAUUCCAUGGUCCAGAUUGACCCCGAAGUUGUUGACAGCUGGCUGUGGGAGUCAGUUGGCGCAGAAAGUGUACCUGCAAUGGAUCAGCCCGCGGGAGAGUGUUAG